UCGGGUUCUGGCACCAGCUCGUGCGCGAUCCUAUUCGUUUCAAGCCUGUUCUUAUCCGUCCGUAUGAGAUGGCCAAUCAUGUUCUGGAACAGGAUGUCAUGAAUCAAGUGAGCAUGUCAGGUAAUGCUGCGAAUUCCCGAUACUUCCACAGCUUUACGAGGUUUUAUAGUAAUCCUGCAAUACUAUAGGCGUUUCAUCCCGAACUGUUCUGAACUACUGGCUCCUCUGACAAAAAGACUGAGAAUGUUCGUCAUUUCCAAGAAGAGUGGAGGUUUCCGCCCCUUCUUCAACCUGCGAUCUUUGAACCAAAUUGUCGAGUGCCCACAUUCCAAGAUGGAAAACAUCCAACAAGUAAUCAAACUGAUCAAUCGAGACGACUUUUACACCUCUCAACGAAAAUUGAAUCUCCAUUUCGCUGGAUUAUUGAAGCGAACAACAAUUUCCUUAUUUGCAAUGAUCGUCUACUACUCCGUUCAAGCGACGUCAGGAUGAGGAGCAAGAGAGCCCGAUUGUACGGCGCAUCGCGCAACGUAUAGCGUCUGCUCGGACUCGGUGCCGAUGGCGUAUGGACCAAGCGAUGGAGGUGCUCCAACGGAUGUAUGGCGCGAAUGCCCAGUAUCGAAGCAGUGGGCAGCAGCAGGCUAUGGAGUAUAUUAUGGAGAGCAUUUGCCAAGUCCUGGCGAUCCUACGGACCAG